ACGUUCUCCCAUUGGUUGACAAAUUUAGAAGAAACAUCCAUCUUAUAAAGCCGAAAGAGAGCGCUCGUUCGCAAUUGUUUCUGUCUUUCUAUCCGACACGGACGUAUAGUGGCUGAAUAUGACUGAAUACAAGCUUGUCGUCGUAGGAGCUGGUGGUGUCGGGAAGAGUGCUCUAACGAUACAACUAAUCCAGAAUCAUUUCGUGGAAGAGUAUGAUCCUACCAUAGAGGAUUCAUAUCGUAAGCAGGUCGUAAUCGACGGUGAGACGUGUCUGUUGGACAUUCUGGACACUGCGGGUCAGGAGGAGUACAGUGCGAUGAGAGAUCAAUACAUGAGGACUGGAGAGGGAUUUCUCUGUGUAUUUGCUGUCAACAAUAUGAAGUCUUUUGAAGACAUUAGCGUGUACAGAGACCAGGUUAGGCAGCUGAUUGUUCUGUUUGUCGUAUUUUGUAUAUCCUUGUGUCUGUCUGUUGUUUUGUGUGUAAAUAAUUAAUUUUUAUUUUGAAUAUUAUUAAUAUCACCAGCAAAGAUAUAACCCAAAGCAAAAGUCUAGAAUAUAUAUUUAUGCGUGUAUGGUAUUGUAUAUACUGUAGUGCAUUCUAUAAGGAAUUU